AUGAGCCUGAACCAAAGGUUUAGUUUUUAUCUACCUCAUCACGGAGUCAUCCGUGAAUCCAGUAUCACAACGAAAUUGAGAGUAGUCUUUAAUGGCUCAUGUCAAGUAACAAAUGGAAUUCCUCUAAAUGAAGCAUUACAUGCUGGUCCAAAGCUUCAAAUCAAUCUUUUCGAUAUUUUAAUAUGGGUACGGCAAUUCAAAUUUUUAUUUUCUGCUGACAUUGAGAAAAUGUACCGCCAAGUUCAAGUACAUAAAGAUGAUUGGCCGUUUCAACGAAUUCUUUGGAAAGAAGAGGGUAAAAUUAUCAAGUUUAAGCUGACAACAUUUACUUACGGAUUAGUGUGUGCUCCUUACUUGGCUUUACGUGCUGUACUUCAAUUGAUUAAAGAUGAGGGUCAUCAAUUUCCUUUAGCGGCUGAAAUAUUGCUCAAAGGACGUUACGUUGAUGAUGUAUUUGGAGGAGCUGAUACAAUUGAAGAAGCUCAACUUAAAGCUAAACAAACAUAUGAUCUCUGCAUGGCGGGCGGUUUUCCUUUAAGAAAAUGGAUAAGUAAUGAACCAGAAGUUUUAAAGCUCAUCGACUCUAAUUAUGUAAUCAAUACACAAUCCAUUCCACUUAAAGAGCAAGUUGUUCACACUCUUGGCCUGUCUUGGAAGCCUGCAUUAGAUACUUUUCAGUUUAAACUAUUGGAUGCAUCUGUUACAAAAUUCACCAAACGUUCGGUAUUAUCAAAAAUAGCACAGUUUUUUGAUCCACUUGGUUUAUUGUCGCCAAUUUUUAUUAAAGCUAAAAUUUUUAUGCAAGAGUUAUGGGUAAUCAAAACUGGUUGGGAUGAUCCUCUCAAUGAUUCUCAGGUAAAAUCUUGGAAGACCUUUAUUGAUUCAUUGGAUGAGCUGAAUCACAUUGAAAUACCUCGAUGGACUGGUAUGAUGAAGAAUUUAUCUAUUGAAAUACAUGGAUUCAGUGAUGCUUCUCAAUUGGCAAUUGCAGCAGUAGUUUAUAUUAAGACAUAUGGAUUAAAUACAACCCAAGUUACACUGUUGUGUUCAAAAACUAGAGUUGCACCAAUCAAAAGAAUGACAAUUCCCAGACUGGAGUUAUCAGCAGCAGUAUUAUUAACCAAACUCGUCGCUCAGUGUCGACAAGUAUUAAAUCUGAAACAAGCUCCAUGCUACCUUUGGACAGACUCUGCUAUUGUUCAUAUUUGGCUCAAUAAUCAUCCUUCUAGAUGGAAAGAAUUUGUUCAUAAUAGAGUAUGUUUAAUUCAAGAUUUAAUUCCGCAAGCGAAAUGGGAAUUCGUACCAGGAACAAUGAAUCCAGCAGAUUGUGCAUCAAGGGGUUUAACUGCAAAAGAACUUAAAGAUUAUGUACUAUGGUGGAAAGGCCCUUCCUGGUUAGUUGAUGAUUCGUCAAUGUGGCCUACGCUACCUUUACCUAAUAAGUCUACAAAGGAUUUAGAAGAACGAAGUAAAAUAUUACCUAAAGUUGUUCAUCUCUGUAUUAAAAAUCAAAUCUGGGAUCUUCAAAAUCGAUUUUCAAAUUUGACCAAGCUUUUAAGAGUAACAGCAACAUGCAACCGAGCAAUUAAAUGUUUUAGAAAUCAAUCUAAAUCUCUCGCAAUUUGUCCACUUUCUCCAGCUGAAAUCAAUGAAGCACGACUGUUCUGGAUUAAGUUAAUUCAACACCAGUAUUUUAGCAAAGAAAUUUCUUGGUUACAACAGAAACAAGAGAUUCCAAACUCAAGUUCUUUGCUUAAACUUACUCCAUUCAUAGAUCGUCAAGGCUUGUUGCGAGUUGGAGGUCGAUUAAAUCACUCGUCAUUGUCAACAGAUACCAAACAUCCAUAUAUUCUUCCAAAGGAUGUGCACUUUUCAAUUUUGAUCAUCGACGAAGCUCAUAAGCGGGUAUUUCAUGGAUCUACUCAAGAUACUCUUAUGUAUAUUAGAAAUCAGUAUUGGAUUUUAGGUGGACGAAAUCCAAUUCGUUCGUUCAUUCUCAAAUGUGUCAGAUGCACUCGGUAUCGGCGACUUCAAGCAAGUCAAUUAAUGGGACAAUUACCUUAUUCCAGAGUAAAUCCAAAUAGAGCUUUUUUACAUACUGGCCUAGAUUAUGCAGGACCUUAUGUGAUUAAAACUUGGAAAGGUAGGAAUCCUAAGACUUAUAAAGCUUGGGUUUCCUUGUUCAUCUGUUUAACUACUUCAGCAGUACACUUAGAAUUGGUUACUGAUUACACAACAGAAGCAUUUAUAGCUGCCUACAAACGAUUCGUAUCAAGAAGAGGUAUUUGUUCGGAUUUAUACAGUGAUUGUGGCACAAAUUUCAAAGGCGCUGAAAAAGAAUUAAAGGAUUUAUUCACGAAAAACAGUCAACAACUUGGUGAAAUGGCUUCUUUGGUUGCUAAUGAUGGUACUUCUUGGCAUUUCAACCCGCCUGCAACUCCUCAUUUCGGAGGCAAAUGGGAAGCAGCUAUUAAAUCAAUGAAACAUCAUUUGAGACGUGUUGCAGGCGACAUACACUUCACUUAUGAAGAAUUUACUACUUUGUUAAUCCAAGUUGAAGCAAUCCUUAACUCAAGACCGUUAAUGCCAUUGACUGAUGAUCCAGAUGAUCUUGAUGUCUUAACUCCAGGGCAUUUUUUAAUUGGCCACUCUCUAACGAUAAUUCCAGAACCAAAUUUGGAAACUAUAAAGUCAUCAAGGCUUUCUCGAUGGCAGCUUAUCAGCCAGAUGACACAAAGUUUUUGGACUAAAUGGUCUCGGGAAUAUCUUCAACGAUUUCAAGCUAUUUACAAAUGGAACAAGCUUACUCCAUCUCGAGUUCGAGUUGUCACUCUUGAAACGAGUACAACAACAAUGACUCGACCAAUUACAAAGCUCUGCCCUCUUGUGAUUGAUUCAAUUUCUGAGAGUUCGUCGCUGAAGUCGACGAAGGCGGGCGGAAAUGUUUAA